AUAACCGCCUCCUCCUCUUUCUGCACAAGAAACGAACAUGGAGACAGCUGGGAAAGUGAUCAAAUGCAAGGCAGCUGUUGCUUGGGAAGCAGGGAAGCCCCUGUCCAUUGAGGAGGUGGAGGUAGCCCCACCCAGGGCUCAUGAAGUUCGCAUUAAGAUUCUUGCUACAGGGGUGUGUCAUACCGAUGCUUACACCCUGAGUGGCAGCGAUCCUGAAGGACUUUUCCCCGUCAUCCUUGGACAUGAGGGUGCUGGGACCGUUGAGAGCGUUGGGGAGGGUGUCACUAAGUUCAAGCCAGGUGAUACCGUCAUCCCCUUAUAUGUACCUCAGUGUGGUGAAUGCAAAUUCUGCAAAAACCCCAAGACCAACCUCUGCCAGAAGAUUAGAAUAACCCAGGGUCGAGGGCUGCUCCCUGACAACUCUUCACGCUUCACCUGCAAAGGAAAGCAGGUGUUUCACUUCAUGGGGACCAGCACCUUCUCUGAGUACACGGUGGUGGCAGACAUCUCCCUGGCCAAGGUUAACGAGAAAGCUCCGCUGGAUAAAGUGUGUCUUCUGGGCUGUGGUAUCUCCACAGGUUAUGGAGCUGCUCUUAACACUGCCAAGGUUGAGCCUGGUUCCACUUGUGCUGUUUUUGGACUUGGAGCUGUUGGCUUGGCUGCCAUCAUGGGCUGCAAGGUUGCUGGAGCAACCAGGAUCAUCGGUGUGGACAUCAACCCCGACAAGUUCGAGAAGGCCAAAGAGUUUGGAGCCACCGAGUUUGUAAACCCGAAGGACCACAGCAAGCCCAUCCAGGAGGUUCUGGUGGAGAUGACUGAUGGCGGUGUGGACUACUCGUUUGAGUGCAUUGGAAAUGUGCAAAUCAUGAGGGCCGCUUUAGAGGCGUGUCACAAAGGUUGGGGUGAAAGUGUCAUCAUUGGUGUAGCUGGAGCAGGACAAGAGAUCUCCACCAGACCAUUCCAACUGGUGACGGGCAGAGUGUGGAGAGGCACGGCAUUCGGAGGGUGGAAGAGUGUGGAGAGUGUUCCUAAAUUGGUGGAAGACUACAUGAGUAAAAAGCUGAAGGUGGACGAGUUUGUAACACACACUCUUCCAUUUGAGAAGAUCAACGAAGCUUUUGACCUGAUGCAUGCUGGGAAGAGCAUCCGAAGCGUGUUGACUUUCUGACGUGCCUUAGACAUCCAACACAGCCAGCCUUAAAGAAGCCUCAGUCUGUUGUUCCAGCACUUCUCUGCACUUCCUUUGAUAUAGGUUCCAGAGUUUAAAAGAAGCUCUUUAACACAAGAACAACUGUUUGAACCAUUAAUACUGUCAAUAAAACCUUAUUAUAAAAAA